AGGCGCUGCGAAAUUUCAUAUCUUUAGAAUUAAAUGAAAGUCUUUCUUUGUUUUUCUUGUUACAACUGAAAACUCAUUUCAUUCAUUCAUUCGUUCCUCUCUCUCUCUCUCUCUCUCUCUAAGGUUUACUCAGAUGGUGAAAGCGGCGAGCGAUAAUGGUUCUUGCUGUUCGGUGGCACCUUUCUUGAACAAAUGUUACGAUAUGGUUGAAGAUCAUUCCACCGACUCCAUCAUCUCUUGGACUCAACGCGGUGACAGUUUUAUCAUCUCCAACCACUCUCAAUUCUCUCUCACUCUUCUUCCUAAUUAUUUCAAACACAACAAUUUCUCCAGCUUCGUCAGGCAACUCAAUAUCUAUGGUUUCAGGAAAAUUGAUACAGAUCACUGGGAAUUUGCCAAUGAAAACUUCAUCAGGGGUCAAAAGCACUUGUUGAAGAAUAUACGUAGAAGGAAACAUCCACAUGUUGCAGAUCAGCAAAAAACAUUGCCGCCAAAAGAAUCUUCUGAAAAACCAUCACAAGAAGCAAAGAAUCACAGCCUUUGGAAAGAAGUUGAGAAUCUUAAGUCUGAUAGAAAUUCCCUCACGCAAGAGUUGGUCAAACAUAAGCAGCAUCUGGAAUCUUCUGAGAGUAAGUUGCUUAUACUGAGUGAUCGCCUUGAUGGAAUGGAGAAGAAUCAGCAGCAGAUGCUAUCGUUUUUGGUCAUGGUCGUGCAAUGCCCUGGAUUCAUGGUUCAGCUGCUUCACCCUAAGGAAAAUAACUGGCGUGUGGCUGCUGAGAAUUUGUUGGACCAAGGUAAACAAGAUGACACCCCAGUUUCUUCUGACAGAAUGAUUGUAAAGUACAAGCCACCUGUAGGUGAAAGACUAAAGCCUGUAGUUCCGCAAUCUCCUAAGCAACCAGAACCUGAGCUUUCUGCAGAUGGGUUAAAAGACUUGUGCAUCAGUUCCGAGUUCUUGAAAUUGCUUCUAGAUGAGAAAUUGAGUCCAUUAGAUAAUCCUUCUCCGUUUCUUGUACCGGAUUUCCCGGAUGAUGGUUCGUGGGAACAACUCUUUUUAGGCAGUCCUUUCCUCGAAAAUGCUGAAAACACUGAUCAUGAAAAUGAGGGGGCCACUGUUAGUGGAAUGGAGAUGGAACCCACCAUAUCUGAAAUGCCAAAUGAGAGAUCUGCUUUUGAAGCGAUGAUUGUAGAAAUGGAGAAAACUCAAGCAUGAGUUGUAAUUAUAUGCUGAAGGGGAUAUUGGAUGGGCCACAGGGUUUGGAACCUCAAACUCAGAAAAUUGAACUUACAUGGUGCUUCUAAUAACUAGCAAAAUAUAGAGGGAAGGAAGUAAUAAUGCCCUGCAGAUAUUUUUCAGCUAGGCUAUCUUCACAGAUUUCCUCGCGGUAAAGUUUUAGUUUUAUCAAAUCACAAUAUACUUUUUUCUCUUCCAUCUUCCUCCAGCAGUUGUUAGAUCCUCAUCUUGAUUCAGUAUCCAACUUAUAUCUGAAUAUUAAUCCGGAGUUGCUUUUGGCUUCUUGAUACUGUCUCCUCCAGUUUCGGGGAGUUGUAUGGUCGGCAGCUAGUAUGAUGGAUCAAAUAUUUCUUUUAAGUUUACAUUGUAAGAAAGAGCGGCCUCAAAGGACCUUUGUUUAUUGUGCUACACUAAACAGUUGAACAUAUAAUUAAUAGAAAUCAUGGGUUUCGCCAUAUUAUUUUGCACAAGCCAA